AUGACCCCGUCUCCCCCUGUCGCGUGCCCCCCGGGAGUUCAACUACGACCCCGUAGUCCAUCGUGGAAUCUCCUCGAAGAGGAGAGUCGAUCGCCGGCACGUCGCACAGGACCGCUGCUGCAGAAGCGGGCAGGGCACCGCAUUACUUCAUUCUACAGGACCCGGAGAAAAGGAGUUGAGGACCUACCGGACCGCCCUGCAGCCGGCCCAGCAAGGGUUGUCUGGGGGCAGCUGGGUGCUGCGUUAUUACUGGUGCAGACGACUGACUGGUCGAUUUGGUGUCGACUUCGGAUAAACGGUUGCCGCGUCAACUUGAUCGUGCCUGACGAGGCGCUGUCUAGAACCACCCCCGGCGUCAGCCCAACAAUCCCUCUGCAUCGUUUGCCACCGGCAACAGUUGCACGUACAUCAUCUGUGUACGACUGGGCACAAGUCGACAUGUCUGAAACGAGGCCGGAGACGCCCGGUGGAGACCGGCGCCAAACAACGGGUUCUAUUCUCGUGCUUGCUUCUAUUUUCUACACGGUGAUUACGUAG